AUGUCGCCAAAUAUAAGGCUCGAAGAGUUCCAACAUUUACUGAAUGAACUGAAAAAUAGUAUGGCUAAACGGAAAAAUAAGUGCCUGAUUUGCGGGGACUUCAAAGCGAAAUCAAUGAUGUGGAACUCAACAACAAAUGAUUCUAGAGGAGAUAUUCUUUCUGAAUGGGCCUCAGAACUAAACUUAAUUUCACUGAACACCGGAUGUCAACCUACCUUCCGUAGAGGCCAAAGCUCAUCCAUUAUCUAUAUAACAUUCGCGGCAACCAAUAUAGCGCCUUUAGUAACGAACUGGAGAGUGUCUGAAGAGGAAAAUCUUACAGACCACAAUUACAUUUAUUUUGAUAUAGCUAUUAAGAAAGAUAGCGUAAGAACGAAGAUGAAGAGCCGCGGCUGGAGGGUGGAUACGACACAAAUGGAUUACUUCAUAAAUGAACUGCGAAGCAAAUUACCAUCAAGAGAACAAACCUUAAAGCCAGAGAGAUUAAUUGAGAACAUCAGCCAUGCAUGUGAUAAUACAUUCCAACGAAAGGGUAUCCCAAGUGACAGGAAAAAACCAGCUUACUGGUGGUCAGCGGAAAUCGCCGAGACUCGGAAAAAAUGCCUUACACGGAAGAGAAAUAUGACAAGGCUCCAUAAAAAACCUAAUAUAUCGCAAGAACAAAAAGAUACAUCCCGGCAAGCCUACAAAGAAGAAAGAGCGCGGCUAAAGAACGCCAUCCUAAGAGCAAAACAGGUUAAAUGGAAAAGGGUCAUUGAAGAAGACCUAUGGGGACUGGGAUACAAGAUAGUGAUGAAUAAACUGAGCUUGAGAUCACCUCCUGCGUUGUCAGAAGAACUCAUGCUUGACGAAGCAGCAAAUCCUGAAAGGCGAAUUCCCAGAUAUCUGGAAAACCGCCAAAUUGCUGCGCAUAGAAAAACCACGUAA